AUGGCUACUUCUUCUGUCCUUCACAAGCACUUCACCGCCAAUCCUGAGUCGCUAGAAUAUCGUUUCUCGCGUGGUCAGGUUCAUCCUGGCGCAGUCCGCUUUCUGCUCAUUGACUGGAUGCAGGAGACGUGCAAUGAGUUUGAAGCCUAUGCCAUCCCAGCUCAGAAGACCUUUGGCGAGGACGUUGCUAUCUUGUGCGCCGCUCGCUUGUUGGGCAUGGAGCGUUAUUGCCGUCAUAUCCUCACCGGCUAUAUUGGUUACCUUAAGACCCAUCUUCCGAGUUACGAGGAGAUCAUUGCUAUCGAACAGAACGCCACCUCUGAUAAAGACCCGCUCUGGACUGCGAUGAUCAACCACCUCUGUCAUGAUCGCUACAAAGGUCUUAUACCUGAUGCUGAAGACUUCGAGGCGUUUCUGGAGAAGCACACUCGUCUGAAGAAGGCUAUGGAGUCGGCUGAUAUCUUCUUCGCUGGAUACGCGAAGAAGCGAGCCGAGGGCCGGGAGAAAGAGCGCCGCCAGCGCUGGGAGCAAAACCAGGCUGAGAAACGUCAGCGUAUUGCAAGAGAGCAGCUUGCUGCUGAGUCAUUGAAGAAGAAGCUUGACGAGAAGGGCUCCGGUCUCAUGUCUGUCACGGCGGAUGAGGCGGAGGUGCUACGAGGGCGCACUCGCACCCGUUAG